AUGGCCAAGUCUCUCCAGAUCUCUUCCUUCCUCCUAACUCUCCUCAUCCUAACCUCCGCCCUCUCUUUCUCUCUCAUCACGGCCAAGAAACCAAAAUCCCGUGAUGGCUACUCCCGGGUCCUGUCUCCGGCGACGCUCCGCCUCAAGAAAGAAAAGCUCAGCCACCUCCGCUUCUACUUCCACGACAUCGUCGCCGGGCCCAACCCAACGGCGGUGCAAAUCGUCCGGCCCCCCUCCACCAAUCUCUCGAGCACGUUGAGCAUUCUGGGGAGGAACGCGGUGUGGUCGCCGGUGAGGGAGAUGCCGGUCAUCGGCGGGAGCGGAGUUUUCAGGUUUGCUAGGGGAUAUGCUCAGGCCAGGACGUCAGGACCCGGAAGUUCAACCUGA